GAAACAUAAUGAAGAGACAGUCGAGAAAUGUUCUGUUGGACAGAUUGCAUCGGGGUGUCGUGUACACCUGCAUGGGCCUAACAUUGUACGGCUCCUACAUGCUUGGGCUCCGUGUUUACCGGUAUUUCACCGUAAUAAAACCCGCACGGCAAGCGGAAGAGCUGAAAAUGUUGGAGGCUGGCGCGGCCAAACAGGCCCCAUCCUUGGAUACUGCACCGACACUUACCUCGUAGUUC